AAAAUUCGUCUUAUACUUAACAUGUUUUCUCAACACAGACUGAAUUUGUCACACAAACUUUCAUUCAUCCACGUUCCUGCUGUGGAUUCGUUACCUUACACAGUCUCAUAAAUGUCUGAAUUGUAACCAUGUCCAACCAGAGCAAUCUCGACAAUUUCAAUGUUACCUACAAAACCUUACGGCAGACAUUCAGCAGCGGCAGAACCAAAGAUUUGAAAUGGCGGACAUGGCAAUUGAAGCAGCUAUUUUGGCUACUUGAUGAGAACGAAAGUGCCUUUAUUGAUAGUCUUCAUGAAGACUUGCACAGGCAUGCGUUCGAGUCUCUAAUGGCGGAUAUCAACGAAGCUAAAACACAUCUUUUCUACGCCUUGGAAAAUCUACAGAAGUGGGCUGCAGGCAGCGCACCGCCAGAUGCAGGCUUCGUGUACGGUACAUUGGGCAAAGCUUGGAUCAGAAAGGAGCCACGUGGAUUGGCGCUCAUCAUCGGCGCAUGGAACUACCCAAUCUCGACACUCAUCACUGUUGCUAUUGCCGCUAUUUCUGCCGGCAAUGCAGUGAUUAUGAAGCCCUCUGAGAUGGCAUCAGCCACGGAACAGCUGCUGGCGACGCUGGUACCCAAGUAUCUGGACAAUACUGCAAUCGCGGUCCUCUGCGCACGUCCAGAAGAUAUGGCCCACAUUUUGGAAUAUCAGUUCGACUUCAUUUUUUAUACAGGAAGUACAAGGGUGGGGCGCAUCAUCGCCUCUGCUGCUGCAAAACACGUCACUCCGGUUGCUUUGGAGCUGGGCGGUCAAGCUCCAGCCAUCGUCACUAAGAAUGCCAACUUGGAUCUCGCUGCGAAACGCUUGGUCAACGCGAAAUUGGUCAACCUUGGACAGAUCUGCAUAUGCGUGAACCACGUGUUUGCUGAUCCGGAAAUAUAUGACGAAUUUAAUGCUCGUUUGGUACAUUGGGCUAAUGUCCUCCUUGAGUCGGGAACGGACACUCUGGCUCGGAUCAUCAAUGAACGACAUUUCGAUCGCGUGCAAUCCUUACUAUUGAAAACAGAAGGCAAAAUAUCUUUUACUGGCACUCACGAUAGGCGAAAAAAGCUGAUAUAUCCAACUAUCGUCACUGGAGUCAAAGUGACCGAUAGUCUACUUUCAGAGGAGAUUUUUGGGCCAGUCCUUCCAGUUAUCAGCGCAUCUCUGGAGAGCGCCCUAGCGACCAUCAAUAGCAUGCCUCAUCCUCUCGCGCUGUACAUCUUCUCCCAGGACAAGCAAGAGAUUGACCGAAUUCUGGAUUCCACACAAUCUGGCGGUGUGACCAUAAACGACGUUGCUGUUCACGCCGACGUGCCGUCAGCGCCCUUCGGUGGAGUAGGAAAUUCUGGAUAUGGUAAUUUCCACGGGAAAUGGGGCUUCGAUACUUUCAGUCACGACAGAGCUGUCCAGUCGCAGCAGACCGCACAAGCCGUGCAACCAUACACAUACGCACUCAGCAUGUCGCGUGCUAAUUCAAAAUCUUGCUCAAUACCACAACCGCGUGGCAUACCCUUUCUGGGCAAUAUUGCAGAAUUCAAGUCUGAGGACUCACUUCAAGAUUAUGACCGCCUUUUUGAUACACAUGGCGACAUCUUCCGGCUCAAAUUCCCUGGAAUGGGAACAUGCGUUUUCAUCGGCACCCAGCAGCUCGCUAACGAAGUUUUUGACGAGUCACGUUUCAAAAAGUCCAUCCAGGCUGAUUUAGGAGAGAUACGUCAUGUUGUAAACGAUGGAUUGUUUACCGCGGAUCACACAGAGGAAAAUUGGGGACUCGCCCAUCGCAUCCUUCGCCCAGCGUUCGCGCCAAAUGCAAUUCAAAGUACCUUCGAUGAAAUGUACGACGUCCUCUCGCAGAUGGCGCUGAAGUGGGCGCGCCAUGGCCCCGAGAACCCCAUCCAUAGCACCGACGACUUCACUCGUCUAACUCUUGACACUCUUGCCUUGUGCACUAUGGGAUACCGAUUCAACUCUUUCUACAGCGAAGAAGUUCAUCCCUUUGUGAAAAGCAUGGGCGACGCGCUUGUCGAAGCAGGAAAGCGGACUGCAAGGCCGCGGUUGGCAACAACACUGUUUCUCUCAGCUGCGCGCAAGUUUGCCAAGGAUAUUUCCAUUAUGCGGGUGACUUCGGAGGAGCUCAUCAAGUCCAGAAGAGCGGAAAAGAGUGUAGAGGGAAGGAAAGAUCUUUUGACAGCUAUGAUGGACGGCAUUGAUCCCAAGACCGGUGCAACACUAAGUGACGCGGCCAUCGUUAACAACCUCAUCACCUUCCUCAUAGCUGGCCAUGAAACAACUUCUGGGACUCUUUCAUUCGCGUUCUACUCAAUGCUUAAGAAUCCAGAUACUUAUCAAAAGGCGCAACAAGAGGUUGACAAGAUUAUGGGUAAAGAGCGGGUCACUAUUGAUAAGCUCUCUGAUUUGAAGUAUAUACCAGCUUUGCUACGAGAGACUCUUCGACAAUGCUCACCAAUACCAGCUGUCUUGGUCGAGCCAUUCGAAGAUACCACAUUACAAGGCAAAUAUGCAAUCAAAAAAGGGGAGCCUGUUGUCGUCUCUUUUUCGAGAACUCAUCUUGAUCCUAUCGUUUACGGACACGAUGCUUGCCAGUUCAAACCCGAGAGGAUGCUAGAUGAAAAUUUUGAUCGCCUGGUCAAGGAGUUCCCUAACUGCUGGAAGCCAUUCGGCAAUGGCAUGCGUGCUUGCAUUGGGCGACCUUUUGCUUGGCAAGAGAUGCUGCUAGCCAUGUCCGUUCUCCUCCAGAAUUUCGACUUUCAUCAGCUGGAUCCGGGCUAUUCUCUGAAGCUCUCUGAAACGCUAACUAUAAAGCCGAAGGACUUUAUGAUACGGGCUUCGCUCCGGCACGGAAUGUCAGCCAUGGACCUGGAACUUCAACUUUCCGGGAGAUUCAAAGAUACCCGAAACACAAAGCCAAAGAUGCAGACCCUGCCGAAUUCAGGAAACAAAUAUCCUGGCGCAAAGCCUAUCAAUAUCUAUUUCGGUUCUAACAGCGGUACAUGUGAAGCUCUUGCACAUCGGCUGGCAUCGAAUGCAUCGGCACAUGGCUUUGCAGCCUCUGUGGUCGAUCAACUCAACUCUGCAAAAGAAGGUCUCAGAUCCGAGAAGCCGAUAAUAAUCUUGACUGCUUCUUACGAGGGCCAAGCGCCAGAUAAUGCCAUCGAUUUUGUUCAUUGGCUGGAAAAUACGAGCGAUACGUUCGAAGACGGCGUUUUCUAUGCAGUCUUUGGAGUCGGUAGCUCGGAAUGGCGCCAGACAUUCCAUCGCAUUCCCAAGGUAGUUGAUCAACUGUUGGAAAAGAAAGGAGCGAAGCGUCUGGUGCCAUUAGGCUUAACGGAUGUGGCCAAAAACAACCAUUUUCAGGACUUUGAAUUAUGGGAGGACCAAGUUCUCUGGCCUGCACUAAGAGAGCAUUAUGCAAUUCCAGAUUCAGACACUUCGAUUGACGGCCAUGGUAUGGACGUGAGUAUAUCGGCACCGCGAUGCUCGAUCCUGCGCCAGAAUCUUUGCGAGGCCACUGUUCAUGCUGCAAGAGUUUUGACAAAUUCGGAAGCACCCCUCAAAAAACAUAUAGAAAUACGGCUUCCAGAUACGCACUCAUUUGAGGCUGGUGACUACCUUGCAGUCUUACCUAUCAAUCCAAACUCUACCGUUAGUCGGGUCUUUCGACGCUUCAAAUUAGUUCGGGAUGCCACGAUUCUCAUUCAAGGAAACCCAGCAACCUUGUUGCCAAUGCAAGGACCAACGUCAGCGUCGGAUAUUUUCAGCUCUUAUGUUGAACUUUCAACACCAGCGACGAGGAAGGAUAUUCUCAGAAUCGCUAUGUAUGUGGAGGAUACUGCUACCAAGGCGCACCUACAGUCGCUAGCGAGCGAUGCCAUUGUUCGACUCGAGGAAGGCAACAGCCUCGGGCCAUCUGUGCUAGAUAUCUUGGAGCAGUUUCCCUUGGUCCAAAUGCCAAUUGGUGUGUUCUUAAACAUGCUACCACCUAUUCGGACACGGCAGUACUCCAUCUCGUCCUCCCCACUUUCGGAUCCUCAUGUUGCAUCCCUUACAUAUUCCGUCCUCAACAAAUCUUCUCCGGGUGGCGAGGGUAAGCAUGUAGGCGUAGCGAGCAUGUAUCUUGCAAGUCUCCAGCCAGAUGACCGUCUUCAUGUUUCCAUUCGCCACCCCAACCAUGCCUUUCAUCCGCCGAAAGACCCCAGCCUAACGCCCAUUAUCUGCAUUGCUGCCGGCGCUGGUAUUGCACCUUUCAGAGGAUUCAUUCAACAGCGAGCCAUUCAAUCGACGUCACUGCAAAAUCUUGCGCCUGCUCUACUCAUUUACGGCUGCCACAAUUUAGGCGACGAUCUUUACAGAGAGGAAUUCGACCAUUGGGAAGCCACAGGUGCGGUUCAAAUCAAGAGAGCGUAUUCACGCCAGCAAGAUGAGACAGAUGGAUGCAAACAUGUUCAGGAUCGAAUGCGAGAGCAACGGCAGUUGGUGAAGGAAAUGUGGGAGGCCGGGGCCAAGAUAUACGUUUGUGGAAGCCGUGGUGUUAAAGAUUCUGUUGAAUCAGCACUUGUCGAGAUUUUGCAUGAUGUAUGGAGCGAUGAGCAGACUACGGCUGUGCAUUUCUUGGAAGCAGCCCGUGGGGAGAGAUUUCUGGUGGACGUUUUUGAUUAA